AUGUCCCUAGCGAUUUGUGAUGCGCCAGUGCCAAAGUUUGUCGUGGGUCUAGAUUUUGGAACCACAUACUCUGGUUUUGCUUAUGCACAUCGCAUCGACACAAAGGACGUCAAUCUCUUAUACGAUUGGCCGUGCUCUCCGAGGCCCUAUUGCAAGACACAGACGAGCCUCUUCUACACGCCAGGCAGAGAAGACGAUUCGUUCAAGCUCGAAGACUGGGGCUGGGCUGCAACGAAGAAGUUCAUGGAGUCAAGACCCUCAUCGCAGGAUGAGAUCGGUUUCCUUGCCAACAAAUUCAAGCUGAGGCUAGCGGAAGAUUUUAGCGACGGGAACAAGGCCAUCCAAGACUCUUUUGCUGGUAGGUUGGAAGUUGAGAGGCUUGUGGUCGAUUAUCUCGCUUCGAUCUCCAAGUUCAUUGUCGAGCAUCUCAAAGGAACUUAUGGUCAAAGCUUUAGCGCGAGGGAUGUGCAGUGGUGCCUCACAGUUCCCGCAAUCUGGAGCGACAAGGCGAAGCAUAAGAUGCAAGUCUAUGCCGAGAAGGCCAAGCUCGUAAGAGGUAAGUUUUGCUCCAGCUCCAAAGCGAGCAUGUAUCCCCUGAGGAUAAUACUGGAGCCAGAGGCGGCCUCGUUUUCGUGCCAGAUGGAGCUGGGCCGCAUCAUCUCGCUAGCUCCAGGGGACAAGUUCCUGGUGGCGGAUGUUGGUGGUGGAACAAUCGAUAUAGUAGUGCACGAGAAGGAGAGCAGCGCUCCAGGGAAGCACGAGGUCCAUGAGGUGUCCGCUAGCUCAGGAGAGCUCGGGGGUGGAACUUAUGUCGACAGAAACUUCAUGGAAUUCCUUGAGAAAAAGAUUGGUUGCUUCAGAAGAUUUUGCCAGCAGGAGCAAGCUAUUGUCUACCACCGCAUCUUGAUGUGGUGGCUGGGGCCUGACGGUAAGUGUACGUUCAAUGGAUCGUGUCCAAAGUUAUUGGAAGUACCGAAGAAGUUGUCGAAAGCAUGGAAGAAGCAUGACAAAACUGUACGGGGUUUUGCUGAGGACGAUGACUAUUACGACGAGAUCAAGAUCUGUUGUGAGCAGAUGGAAGCAAUCUUUGACACCGAGGUCGACAAAACCAUCCGUUUGAUCCAGGAGAAACUUGACAAAGUUGACGACAUCAAGUACAUAUUUCUGGUUGGGGGAUUUGCCUCGAGUCCGUAUCUGCGGAGCAGAAUCAAGAAUCGCUUCGAGGGCGUGGCGAGAGUGGUUUCUCAUCCGAAUCCGGGUGGUGCAAUCUGUAGCGGUGCCGUGGCUCUUGGUUAUGGAACAGGCGUUGUGCUCUCGAGAAUCUCCAAACAUUCGUAUGGCAUUUACUCGUCUCGCAACUUCCAUUGGAAUGAUCCACCUGCGUACAAGUUUUUUGACGACGAUGGGUUGAAAAAAUGCGACAACAUCUUCAGCCUGUUUGUGAAGAAAGAGGAGUCUGUCUCGGUCAAUCAGUCCGUAACACACCCUUAUUUUCCGAUAUUCCGGCAUCAGAAGGUACUGAAGAUUGCCUUGUUCAGCUCCAGCAGUGACUUCACUCCCAUGUACACGACCGACGAAGGGUGUGUAGAGCUUGAUAGCUACAAAUUCGACAUUGGCGAGGAUCUACACAUGGGAACGAGACGUGAGGUGGAGGUGACAAUGUUUUUCGGUCGGAGCACCAUCGAGAUAUCUGCCCGGCGCGUCAACUUUGGAAGCAACCGUGAGUCCGAGAAGCUCUACUUUGUGGAAUUUGAUGCCCCUGAAGCGUAUGUGAACAAAGUGAGUGAGUGA